AUGGCACCUUGGGCAGCCUUGGUGCAGCGAAAAAUUAAAACUGAUAAUAAUAUCUUUCCUAUACUAGACAUGGAUGAAUGUGUGAAGUGUCCAUAUGGUCAGUAUGCCAACACAUAUCAAACCCACUGCCUCAAAAAAGUUGUGACCUUUCUGGCUUAUGAAGAUCCUUUGGGAAUAUCUCUAGUCUGCUUGGCUCUGUGCUUCUCUGCUCUCACAGCUGUUGUAUUCUGUGUCUUCUUGAAGCACCAAGACACUCCCAUUGUCAAGGCCAAUAACAGAGCUCUCAGCUAUGUCCUACUCAUCUCCCUCAUCUUUUGCUUUCUCUGUCCCUUGCUCUACAUCGGCCAUCCACAUACAAUCACCUGUAUAAUGCAGCAGACCACAUUUGCAAUUGUCUUCACUGUGGCCACCUCUACUGUCUUGGCAAAGACUAUUACUGUAGUAUUGGCAUUCAAAGUUACUGUUCCAGAUAAAAGAAUGAGGUCACUGCUGGUUUCAGGGGCACCUAACUUCAUCAUCCCCGUGUGCACUAUGAUUCAAAUGCUUCUCUGUGGAAUCUGGAUAGGAACUUCUCCUCCAUUUGUUGAUGCUGAUGUACACAUGGAACAUGGCCACAUCAUCAUUGUUUGCAACAAAGGUUCAGUGAUUUCCUUCUACUGUGUCCUGGGAUACUUGGGCUCCCUUGCUCUGGCAAGUUUCACUAUAGCUUUCCUGGCCAAAAAUCUGCCUGACACAUUCAAUGAAACUAAGUUCCUGACAUUCAGCAUGCUCGUGUUCUGCAGUGUUUGGGUCACCUUUCUAGCUGUCUACCAAAGCACCAAAGGCAAGGCUCUGGUGGCUGUGGAGGUCUUCUCUAUCUUAGCGUCAAGUGCAGGGCUAUUUCUUUGCAUUUUUGACCCAAAAUGCUACAUUAUUUUGUUAAGACCAAAGAUAAAUUCUUUUCACAAGUUCAGAGUCACAAAUGCUAAAGCUGAAUAUAUUCAUUAA